UCACAUAAUUUUUCAAGAGUCGCAUCCGUUCUGUGACUUGUGAACAAAAAUGAAAUAGUAAAAAUAGUUUUAAGUACAGUAUACAAAAUACAUGAUAAGCAGUGCAGUUGUUUUAAGUAUUUAAUAUAUAAGUUUAGAGUUUUCAAAAUGAUCAAGUUCACAAUUACUUUUUUGUCUUAAAUAAUAAAUUGGCCAUAUGAUUGGGGAAAACGCUGUGUCAUCUGGGGGAGGGGGGCACUGCCCCCUAAUGUCCCCCCUUGGCCAUGAGCCUGCCUUUAAACAGCAACAGAAUGUUUACAUAUUUUUAUGUUGCUAUGGGUGCUGUACAGUAAUACAGAGAAUCAUUGGGUACAAUAAAGCAAUAUCACUUGGAUAGGAGUGUUAUAUGGCUCUAUACUGGCAAGGCUGUGAUUGGGUCUUUAUGCUGAUGUAAAGCCAUAUCACGGCCAUAGACAACAUAGUUUUGUUGGACUCAUCCGCACACGGUGUCACAGUUACGCAGCUGGUCCAUAGUUAACUUCUGGUCUAUGCUUGUUUAUCGGUCUGGCUAGUGGCUAAACUGACCUCUGGAACAAAUUACUUGUGGAAAUUAAAAAUCCUUUGGUUUCUAAAGACGACAGGUGACGGGGAGCGUGUAGGAAGAGCGAGACACUGCAGUAUAUUCAGCAUGGGAGUCCUGGGACUGAGGAGUUACAUUGAGGAUCAAACAAGCUUGUUAGAGUAUUUGCCAUUUAGAGACAGUAAACUCAUAAUUGAUGGAUGUAACUUAUACAACAAACUGUACUUUCAAAACCGGUACAUUAAACUGGAUCAGAUACAUGGAGGAGAAUAUGACACCUUUGAAGAUUUGAUCACACAGUUUUUCAGCAACCUCAGAGACUGUGAUAUUCAGCCAUACGUUGUAAUCGAUGGUGGGGGUGACUACACUGACAGAAAAUUUCCGACCCUUAAAAAACGAUCUGAGCAGAAAAUUAUAAUGACCAAUGAGCUGUCUACAGGACGGAAGGGGAAGUGCCUCCCACUUCUUACUAAAUAUGUGUUCGCCCAGACCCUUCAUAAACUCAAGGUGCCAUUUGUUCAGUGUUAUGAAGAUGACGGGGAGAUUGCUGCUUUGGCUAACCAAUGGAAUUGUCCAGUUCUGUCCAAUGACAGCGAUUUCUAUAUAUUCGACCUCACUGCAGGAUUUUUGCCCGCUGAACAUUUUUGUUGGAAAGAUGUAGAAGUGAACAGAGACACAAACCAAAAAUACAUCAAAAGCAAACAUUUUAUGGUGGAAAGAUUAUGUGCAUCUUUCAACAACAUGAACAAGGAUCUUCUCCCAGUUUCUGCAUGCAUGUUCGGAUAUGAUUAUGUGGAAUUGCGAAAAAUUUCGAAAAAAUGCUUCAACUCUAUUAGUGGUUUGCUUGAGUGGUUAUCCCGGUUCCGGGAACCAGAGGAGGCCAUUGAUGGUUUUCUCAAGCUCAUAACAGAUAAAAAGGAAGAGCGUUUUGUCCGUGAAGCUCUGCCUAAAGGCAUCAAACAGUACGAGCUCACCAAAAGUUCUCUUGCCCAAUUCUUUCACUCAAAAACACCGAUAGCCUGUACAGGUCCACUGCAAGCCCUGCCUGCGUGGAUUCUGAUGCACCUGCAUGAAGGAAAGAUGGGCUCCUUCAUUAUUUAUGUACUGUUACUAAAAAGGGUUAUGCUAAACCCUCAGGUUGAAGAUUUUCAGCAACCCAGUAGCAAUGAAAUCUCUCGUCCCAUACGACAAGUGCUUUAUGGUUUAGCAUUGUUGGGGAAACAACAGACGGAUGACAAACUUGUGGCAGCUGCUGAAGCAUCUACUGCUUCAGACAAGUGCUACGUAACAGAGUACGACAGAGAAGGAUUAACUCUAACCAGUUCAGAAGUUGAAGCUAUAGAGACUAAAGUUAAAGAAGGACUUCGACUGGAAACAUUACCAGAGGAACCACACGCCUUGCGACUUCAGAUCUUCUUGGAAACGUUGGGUGUGCCAUCUGUCACUUUUAGAGGUCUCCCACUUCACCUGCAGUUCCAGGUGUUUGUGACGCGUUACUGGCUGGUAAAUGCACAGCCUCAGCCGAACCUGGUGCAUCUUUGGGGUCUCUUACUGGGGAUGGUUUAUGGACAGCUCAACGCUACAGCCAGGACACAAAUAGAGGAACGGCUGGAACUAAUAACUCAAGCAAAGACCAAUCUAGAUCAUGAGGUGGCUCAUCUGUACAGCCAAUGGCAGUCCUGUCUGUGGUGGAGUCUCUGUCUCAAUCGCUUACUGUGUUGUCCACUUCCUGAACCAGAGUGUGCACGGUUGUACCAGGGAACGUUGGUUCACCAGGCUGCUGAGGAGUUUAAGAGAGGCAUCAAACCAAAGUCUCUGCUGGUGAUGUGCUCUGAAGCGGAAAAGCUAUUCAGACUGUUGAGAAAUGCGGUUCUGAGUUUGGUAGAUGAAGAUGUUGUCAAAAGAAUCAAUACUAGGAAUGAUCUGUCUGCAGAAGAACUGAACUUUGAACAUCUGAUGCAGGAAGAUAUUGAGGACUAUGAUGAUGAUGACUAUGAUGAUAGAAGACAAAAGAAGGCCAAAGAUCGCAAAAAGGGCACGUCUGAAUGUUCCUACACCAUUCGUACCAGACACAAGGCCAAAGCACGCAAUGCUGAUCAUCCCUCGAAGAAAUCUGAAAGGAGAUGCUUUGACUAAAUAUCUUUAAAUAACACUUGUGCUAAAGGUUGUAGAGAGAAUUUAAAAGUAGGAUGGGGACUUUAUACUCUAAAACACUUAAACAUUCCUAGGGAAAACGUUGAAAGGUUUUUCAUACGUCUUAAAAAUGAAUACAGGUCUCACAAUACUAUUUACCAAAAGUGUUAGAAAAUUGCUUACCUUGUGAAUCCAAUGUUAAUAUCUGCAACAUUUACAUUGAUAUGUUAUUACCACUUGGCAUUUUACCAAUACAGUUACUUUAUUGUUACCUGCUCCACAUUAUUUUGUUCAAAUCAUCCAUUGGUGGUGAGUUUGCUUAUAGACUGGAGGUUGAACAUCUGGCUUGACCCACUCAAAACAGUGGAAAUGACUAUGUGUGGAGUCAUUCAGGUUUCUGGGCACCACCAGUGCUUUAAGUGGGCCGGAACGCCCCGGUACUCAGUACCGCCACUUCCAAAAAUAGCUCUUGAGCGUACCACCACCUCUCCGUGCGCCCAGAACGUGCUUUAAGCGUACCGGAACGCUCAUUUGCACAUCUGUUUAAAAAUCAGAGGUUUAAUUUAAUCCUUUGGCUGCGCUGCGGCUUUUCAGAGCGCCCUUAAUGUACGCUUCCUAAUUCAUCCCACCGAGAGCAGAGACUACUGUAGGAUUAAAAAUAUAGGAAUUUAUUACUUCGUCACAACCCCCUUUUCCAUACUGUACCAUCUGGAUUCAUGUGCCUACUGAUAGUGAUAACAGACUAUUGUCACAGCUGUUUAUUCAAUACAGUGGGGGUUAAAGGUGUGGUCUUCUGAUUGGUCAGUUUGAAUGUAUGAUGUUAGGUUUAGUCACAUGGUCAAGGGAUUGAGAAUAAAGGUCUUGGUUUUCAUGAGAUCUAGGCUUUUGCCUUUUGGCAUUGGCCAUUUGCUUUCUGCCCUCUGCUUUUCUUCUUUACCUGAGUUCUUGGGUUUAGGCCUUUAGGCCUAGAUUACAGUUCGGUAACACUUUAGAAUACGGAUCCAAUGUUAAUGAAUAACUACACAGGAACAAAUCAGUAAUGCAGUAUUAACAAUCUAGGAACUACUGUUAACUAACAAGAAACUCUGAUUAACAAAUUGGUAAGUAAUAGCACACAGAUGAAUGUGGUAGUUCACUAUUAACUAAUCAAUAACUACUAUUUGUUCAUACUUCCCAAAGAACUACUGAGAAGUUUUAUAAUUCAUGCAAACUAAACGACAACUAAUACCAAUGG